CUAAAGACACUCGUACUCGAAUCAUCGGGCAGCAGUGACCAGGAUAUUUUUGGCUUGAUCAAACGCUGCCCGAACUGCCCGAACCCCUCUCUGGGGGAGAUUACGGUCAGCUCCCUCAAGAAUCACCAUCACCAGUCACAACUCUUUCCUGCUUUUCUUUUCAUGCAAUUAUAUUUACAUCUGUCUCUAUAGAUUUCUCUUCUCGAUCGGACGGUCCAGAAUGAAAGUUGCCUCAAAUCUCUGCUCCUCCGCCUUCUAGCUCUCCAGAUCCUCAGAUCUCCUCCAUCCAGCCUCGGAUCUGUUCUUCUGAAAAUAAACUGUAUCUAGCAGUGCUUAAUUCUUGAUUUUUGUGAUUCAAAAUUUCAAUUAUUUGCAGAGAAAAUCUGACGGUGGAGGUUUAUUUACAGCUAAAAUUUUCGAGUAAAAGAUGGAGAUUAAUUGCGGUUCAGUUAAGUUAACCACACUUCAGCAGAGCCUGCUAAUGUGCGCCGGCGGAGAAGUGGCUUUAGCGGCUUCGCUGGUUUCUGCGCUGGUCAAAGCUCAGCUUGCAGUCACAGUCCUCUUUCAGGAAUACAUGAAACUAAUAACAAACCAACCCAAGUUGAGAGGAGAUCAGCACAUCUCCUGCCCCUGCAAGCCAGUUGAUGGCGAAGACGAUGACGGAGACAGCGAUGAAGACGAUGAUGAGGAUGAUGCCGAUGAAGAGGAAGAUGCAAACCCUGCCGAGGGCAAGAUCCCCGCUGCCAAAAACGGUCUGGGUGGCGGGAUGGGUAGGCCCGAAGAGAAUGGUGAAGAUGAAGAUGAUGAGGAACAGGGUGCCGGAGAAGAGGACCCCAACGAUGAUGAUGAAGAAGAUGAUGAUGAUGAAGACGAUGAUGAUGACGACGACGACGAUGAUGAUGACGGAGAGGAAGAGGAUAACGAGGAGGAAGAUGAGGACGAGGAGGAGGAAGCCCUACAGCCUCCAAAGAAAAGGAAGAAGUGAAUGUUGAUGAUAGUAGCAUGUUAUGAUUCCUCUCUGGACGGUAGGAGUUUGUGUUUUAUGGUAUUAAGUUAAAUUUGUGACAUUACCGACCAUGUCUACGAGCGGCGGAUGAGGGUUUAUUUAGGAAUACUGUUUUCAUGCAUGACUUAUGUAGUGGAACUCUUAGUUCGUGCGGCUAUCAAGAAAUUAUAAUUAAGAUAGGUUUAUUUCA